AUGACCACAACUAUUGCCAACCAGAAGUUGGCCGAACGCCUUUUCAUUUUGAAUGAUCGUCAGUUGGGAGUGCUCACUCGGUUACAUCAUAUGAAACAAAUAUUGAACUCCCCGGAUUUUCGACCAUCGGUUCUUCCAGGCGGCGAUAAGAUGUUUGAUGCUGCCUGGAAGACGUUGCUUAAAAAAUUCCCCUCUGUCGAUACAAAAGGUGGUCAAACAAACCUACAGCCUUUUGUUAGUCACCAGAAGGAGUUGUUUGGUAUCACUUCCUCUUACUAUUACAACUUUGUGGACGUUCUUGAGGUGCGUGACAAUGUUAGUGACACCUUGGCGCGUUUUGGGUGUGCUCACAUACAGUUUGACAUAACUGUGAAUUCGGAUCUCACUCGUUUGUAUUUGGAGCUAAUCAGCAAUUACUUUGCACUUAUGUUUUUUCUCACUCGAAUACCCGACACAAGAGCCAUUUUGGCGUUAUUUAAUUUUCUGUAUGAUCAGUUACAUGGAAAAACGGAACCGAAUUUUCCUCGGAUGGCGGAGUUGUUUACGGAAACGCCUGAAACCAUGUUGAAGCAACUACAUUCUGAUAUCUGUCCACAUUCACGUAUCUUGCUCAAAGCACUCAAUUCUUUGAACGAUUUUUUUGUUCGUCGUACUGUCAGGGCUCAAAAUUGGAGUGAUGGGCACUUUCUAAAUAUUCUGAAUGAACCCAGCAAAAUCGCACACACUGUGUUAGGAGAUCAACUUGUUUGCGAACUCAUACCCUACGAAAUGAUGGAACGCUGGGUCGUGUUCGGUUAUUUGCUUAUCUACAAGGAUUUGAGCGACGAAGAUGCCUUUGCUAGACUCAAAAUGGCAUUGCGGCACACCUACGUCGUUGUACUCUUUCGUGACGAGAUUAUAUACGUGCAUUCUCUAAUACAGUCCUUCUUAGAAUCUGUUUGGACCAACAAAGUUGGCCUUAAGCGUAUCAGCGAAGUAAAGGAGACUUUGGCCACCGCUUGUUCUCAAACAUUCGAAGUUCAUGCAGAUCGCCGCGCCUAUCUGAGAUCAGCCUUGCGACAACUACACUUGAUUCUGGCCGAUGAGCCUGGUUUUCUUGGUCCCAAAGCAUUUCUGGUCUUUUGGGGGCUGUCAUACGCUACCGAUGAAGUCCACUGGCUAUUGCGCCAUAUUUCGAACCCAGCUGUGAAAAAGUCAGGCGGUGGUGGUGGUGGAAUUUCUCGUUCUGGAGCCAAUUUGUCCGAGGAGUGUAUAGACCCUUUCUUGCCCGAAUUGCUAUUUUACAUGGAGGAACUGCGCAUGCUUGUUAUCCGAUACACACCCGUUAUCCAAAGGUUUUACGGACAGCUGUUAACGUCUUACGAUGCCCCUGGCCUUGCUGAACUUCUUCAAGACGUGUCACCGCUUGUGUCUAAUGAAGAAGCCACGAUGCUUUCCAGUAUUACCAAACAGUUGUCAGAGUUAUCUGAGCACAACUCACUGCAAAACACUAACCAGACUUCGAGUGAACAAUUUUCGAUGUUUGAUUUUUCCGGUAUCCGUUUGGAUUGGCUGCGUUUACAGGCCAGCAUGUGUUGCAAAGAUGCUCCCGUCAAAUUAGCCGAACACCGUCGCUUGGUGGAACACCUUCAUUCUACCAUAUUCCAUACAAAACUUGUUGAUUAUAUAGACGAAUUACUUCGCCUUGUUUCGGAUCUAUCAGUUUUCAAUUUUUACCCCGCACAGUUUGCCGAGUUGUUCACACAUUGCUUACUCUGUCCAGCGCAGUUGCGUUUCAGCAUCGUGUUUCCCAGUCUCUGCUCCCAUGCGCUGCAGGCAUGUCAUGAUUUGUGUCCUGAAGAGCGUCCGUAUUUGGGGCGUAGUUCCUUUCGCAUGGCGCACCACUUUUGCCAAAAGAUCGCUGACCGUGUAUGUGCGGAUAUCCUAGCAAGAGUGGAUGAAUUCGGCAAUCUGGCCGAUCAACUGUCCCCUCAGAGUGCUGUUAUUUUUCUACCAGAGGAGAAGGCUGCGAAAAGAAAAAACAAGAAGCACAGUGUUGGGUCUAAAUCCCUCUCGAAUGGUUCCAUACUUGAGUUGACCAAAGGUAAAAUUUCAUCGUCAAACGCAUACGGGGUAUCAAACUCCCUGGGACCAGGAGCUACUUCUGAUAAGGCUUCUUUUCUACCAGGCAUUGAAAGUUUCCGGCGUAGCCGAGAGGAACAAACGUCUGGAGACCGCACACUGUUCAGUCUGAGCCAGUUGUGCCAGGCAGUGAAUCACUACCGUGAAUUGGUGGUAUAUGAUCAAGUAAUUCAUCCGCGAGAAAUUUUGCAAGCUGAAAUACAGUCUCGGUUAAUCGAGGUAUUGGCAAGUUAUACAGAAAUCACAUCUGUUGGUGAACCGGUUGGCGAUUCAAUAAUUACAAAGCCAUCUGAACUGUGGCGCCGCGUGCGUGCGCUAAUGGAUGUACUCAUGGAUUUGGAGCACCACGUAUGCAUUGAUGUAGUCGGGAUCUUUUCCACCGUUUUCGCCCAACACACGCAGCCACGGGAUGGAUUCAAAGGUCAACCCACCGUGACGGCACAUUACACAAGGUGGUACAUCGGAACAUUUCUAAAGCACGCCUACAUGGACCAUUUCGUUUAUUCCCCUCUGCUCAAGAGCUUCGUAACUUUCGUGUCACCGGAUGUAGUCCGUUUUCGAGCCGAAGACUUUGCUGAUCUAAACGAGUUACGAGCAUUAUCCGAGCUGUUGGGAUCCUUGGGUAUGAAAUACCUGUGUGACCAGUUGAUGCAGGAUGUUGGGAAUCGAGUGGAUGAAAUCAAGAAAUUGGUGUUACAAAACCGGUCUACGCUGGAGCACCUGCGCGAGUGUUUUGAUGAUCCUGUCAAGACGAGACAGUACGCCAGUGCUUUACAAAACAGCGAUUCUCUCCUCACACUCCUCAAGGAGAUUGGAGUUGCUCUUGCUUUCCGGAGACUUUGUUCCGAAGCCUCAAAUGAUAUCCUUCAGCUUCACGUUCCAUUUCUGAUGUCAUCAAUAAAGAAUCUCCGCAACUAUGUAUCCCAACAAUCUGGCGGUCAGUUACUACCCCCAUGUCCCAGUCCGCACAACUCGGGGGCCCGGGAUGAAAUGGAGUCCAUUUACGCUCAUUUUAACUCGCAACUGGUGCUCAACAAUCUCUCUUCGUGCAUGGGGAUUCUGUCCGACCUGGAUUACAGCCUAUGCGCCAUUCUGAACAGUCGUCGACAGGCCAUGCUCGCUACUGCCAGUCAAUCCAGUGCGCCCGGAGGUGCCGCUGGUUUGGCCGCUGUCUAUCCCGAACUGGACUAUCUUAUCGCUGGAUUGUUUAUUGUGUUCGUCGCGAACGCUCUUCCUCGUCUUGCCAGACAGGAAGGCAGUCUUUACCAUCUGGAUCUGGAGGCAAGCGAGAAUAAUUCACACUGCCUUGCUUACUCGGUAAACGCAUUGAUGGUUGCGAUGUUCUCACUGCUUCGUCCUGGUGACCUUGAGGCUCGUUCUAAAGAAUUCCUAGCCCUAGCCUCUUCCAACCUUCUCCGACUGGGCUUGGAGACGUCUGCUUCGGUUCUCUCUUCUGAAGUGUGUGGAAAUAACCCACAACCGCCAAGUUCGGGUACGAACCCAAUGAACAGCCCUGCUGCGAAACUGCGUGACUCUCUCUACAUUCUCUUCGAUAAUCUGAUACGACAUUCGCCCUGCUUGUCUCACAGUUUACAAGAAGCAUGCUUUCCCUAUUCCCUAAUCCGAUGUGCUUACCACAACAUGGCUAAGCUAGCUGAGUCUGGUAGCCGGCAUAACCUUGUGUCUUCCGGACGAGGCGAAGUAAAACUCCGCGAAUAA